GUCACAACUCAUCAUUCGCAUCAAAGAGAAGAACAAAACAACCCUCUCCCUCUCAUAAUAUAUUCUAAUUCUAAAUAUCUUUCAAGUGUAAAAAGAGGAGAGAAAUGGAGUCAAUGAAGAUGAACCUUAUGGUGGUGUUGAUGGUGGCUAUUGUGGCUUUCUCCGCAGUAGGAAAGGCGGCAGCGCAGACUGAGGCUCCGGCUCCAAGUCCUACUUCUGAUGCAGCUAUGUUCGUCCCAGCAUUGUUUGCAUCUGUUGUUGCUUUGGCAUCAGGGUUUCUCUUCUAAACCAAAAGUCUCUCUAUACAUUCCAUAGAAUUAUAGGGUUCUUUAAUUUGUUUUUUGCCAUUUUACUUCGGUUUAUUUGAUCGCCAUGAGCUUCAUGUUAUUGUUUUUAAUAUUUGGACUACCAUAUAUAGCAGUAUUUUAUAAGUUUUAAUUUAGCCUUCGGGUUUUAUUAUUGUAAUUGCUUGGGUGUUUGUGCGUGCAUAUGUUUCAUAAUUAAUACGAUAUCUGUUUAUGGGUUCA